GCGGUAGUGAAUGACUCUUUCAUUUAUGAUACAUUCAAAAUUCAAAACCAGGCUUGUGUGCCAAUGCCGACAGACAGGCUCAUCAAUCAUUCGUUGGUGGGAGCCUUUGGCGCGAAGGAUCAGCCACCAACUCUGGGACACGGAAAGAUCGCACCCUCACUUUUCUUUUUCGUGGAGGAGUUUCGUUAAUUUGAGUUGAUUGCCUCUUUGAUAUUAUCAUUAUCAACAAACCCCUACCAUGAUGACCCCUGAGCGUACCAAUAGCAACGACGAGGUGGAAGACGAACCCCUCAUGGGAUCUGGCCCUGUCCCCAUUAUGGAUGUAGCGGACCUUGAAAACCCAAGUCUGCUUAGCGACGACACUUCUGUUGACGCGAGCGUGAGCGUAUUGGAUGUCAGCGCCGCCAUCAACAACUCUGUCAAUGCAUCCAUGACUUCCGAGAACUGCAAGAUCAUUGACGAAUCUGAUGUCCACCAUACUCCAUGUCCCGACCCCGAGGGAACGCCGGCUAUGGAUGUUAACAUGAACACAGUCAUGCUUCAAGCCAGUGGUAUUAUCCCCGAUGCAGCCAACUUGACGCCUGUCAAGUUGGAUGCCGACCUCAAGGAACAAGACACCUUCACCUCCUCCCCCACCAACAGCCGCGACUCGGAGCUGGAAAGGAAGGAAGACGACUGCGAAUCUCGCCCAAUCUCGCGCCGCCAACAGCGCAUGCGAAUUGUCCGUUGCUAUGGAACCGUCGCCGUUAUUGUUCUGAUCUUUGCCAUUGGAAUUCCUUUGGGCGCUGUCAUGCUCUUCAAGAACCAAAACAACGAGACAAGCUUUUCUGGCGCCACGGACAAUGCCAAUGACCCUUCUACCACUACUACUACUACCACCACCACUACUACUACUUUGGAUCAGGCCACUACAGCUCCUGUCUAUGAAGAGACCACCAAGGAUCCCUACCACGAAGAGUCGGAAAACACCAAGGCCCCCGAGUGGGUUGAUGAUGAAGAUGGAAACACGGAUGCCCCUGACCUUUGGCAAGAAGAAGGUACCGUCGAACCUGAAGAGGUUGACACGAAACCUCCUGUUGCUGUGACGGAGGCUCCUGUGGUGACUGAUCCCCCGGUUGUAGUUACUGAUGCACCGAUCCCUGAAACGGAGUCUCCGGUAUUGAUGACAUCUCCUCCUGCCCCUGUCACGGAUGCUCCUGUUGUUCCCAAUACAACCAACACCUUUGGAGAGCGCAAUGUGACCUCGGACAAUGAAAAUCUUUCGACUUCUACUCCCACCUCGGGAACCGUAGAACCCGAAUCAGAAGCUCCAGUAACAGAUGCACCUGAAGAGGAGGCCACCAUUGAGCCUACGGAUGAAGACACAACCUUUGGUCCAACCGCAAAUCCCACAUUUGUUCCUACUGCCGCACCCACUUUCCGCGCAACUCCUUCCCCAACUUCUCCCGCUCCGACAGUCCCUGCCACCCCCGGUCCCGACAGAUCUGCUGUCUACUUUGACUUGAUCAAUGUGACUUCUCCAGCAAUUCUGCAAGACACUGCUACUCCUCAAGCUCUUUCCUAUUUGUGGCUGGUGGAGCAGGAUCAAAUCAUGCCGGUGCCCUCGGGACGCAAGGCCAUCCAACGCUAUGUGCUCAACGUCAUGGAUCAUGUUAUGCAUGACCCCAUUCGCUCUAUUCUCAGUGACCCUACCACGGAUGAGUGUGAAUGGACUGGUGUUGUUUGCAACCAGACUACUGGAGAAGUCACCCAAAUCAAUUGGUUGAGACAAGGAUUGAAUGGACAACUUGUGCCUGAGAUGAGAUACUUGACCAGCUUGGAGCGCCUCGACCUGUCUGAAAACGAACUCACGGGAACUCUAGACAAUCUCUACGCAACCACUAGCUUGAAGUAUGUCUACUUGGAGAACAACCAGUUCACUGGACCACUUUCUGAGCAGGUUGGAUUGAUGGAACACCUUGACUCGCUUUACUUGGGUCACAACCAAUUGACUGGACAGCUUCCCAUUUCACUCAGAUCUCCACGAGGCCAAGCCAAGCCCUUGCGAUGGUUAAUCCUCUCCCAUAACAAGUUCUCAGGUUACUUGCCUCCAGACUGGCGCAUGCGUAAUGUCUUCCAUCUUGACUUGGGCUACAAUAACUUCCAAGGGCCACUCCCUUCUGAUUGGGAAAAUAACAUGGUCCGACUUCGUCACCUCUACUUGGACCACAACGGCUUCACAGGAACUAUCCCUUCCAACUUUGCUAGACUUGGUAAUGGAAGAAUCAAGCAACUCCAUUUGAACAACAACUUCCUGACAGGAACGGUUCCUUUCGGCUUUGACCCUGUUGACCAGCUUACGUCGUUCAGUGUGCAAGGCAACAACAUUACCACCCCCAUCGAUCCGGCCCUCUGUUCGCUCAGCGUCUUCGAGCUUGGCGUGAUGGUCGAAAUGCGCACAGAUUGCGAUAUUUGUACUUGUGACAUGCUUUGCAAAUCCUGCCAGGAGUAAACUAACCACCAGCCCACAGUGAAGGCGGUGGUCAUAGUCUGAACCAUCUGUGCAGCCUUCCUUCUACUACUAGUUGGGUAGUGGUGUGUCGGUUUGGGCUUUUAAAGUUAUAUUAAGAUAUACAUUAUUGAAAUUGUUUAGAGCUGUUUGUCAACAUGUGGUUGCCCUGGUUGUCUUUCAUAUUCAUUGCUUGUUGUUGGUCCUUCGUCUGCGGAAGAGAUCGUCGAAUUGCUUCAAUUCUUCUUUCUCGAAGCCCUCAAAGUCCAGAGUUUCUAAUCUGGGCAGCUUCAGAACUUCGGUCAACAAUCGUCGGAUCUCCUUUGUUGAUCUUCGGUCAUCUCCUUCCCUUUUCUCACUUCUCACCAAGUUAAGGUAUCGCAGUGUGUAGUUGUGUCGGAAGGAAAAGAUGACAUCAAGAAAGGUCUUGGAAUCAAAGUCUUCAUCAAUGUUCAGGUCCAAGAAGAUAAAGUUCGGCCUGUUCUUCCUCAGUUUCUCUGGGAUGAUUGUUGCUGCUGUUGCCGGUGUUGCUGCUGUUGUCAUUGCUGCUUCUGUGUUUGUUGUUUUUGUGUUUUGUUUUUUGUUUUUUGUGAGAACAGAUCAAGGGUUGCUUGAACAAAUCGACGACAGGGAGCACAAGACAAGAAAGGUGGUACAAAUUGUUUGCAUGGAAAUUACUAUCUUGACUUGUCUCAAACUCGCAAGCACAGUUCAUAUCUUGUCUUGCGAAAAGGCUUGUAGUUCGCAAAGUGUUGUUGAGUUGCCUUGCUCGAGACAUUAUCGCCAUGCAUCAACCCAGGACUGGUGACAAACCCUGCAUGGAGCAGUCCAGCACGACCUGAGACCCAGUGUUCAUGGAUGCUGUUAGCCCGACCGAAUUCAAAAACAGAACAGG